AUGAUUGUCGAGUUCCCUAAACUAAGAGACACAUCAAGUUUCCAUUUUGAUUACUUAAUCUUCGGGACAAACUCCGUCUGUGCUUUUGCAUUGAAUCUUGCUGUGUUCUUACUUGUCGGCAAGACUUCAGCUUUAACCAUGAAUGUUGCUGGGGUUGUUAAAGAUUGGUUGUUGAUUGCAUUUUCAUGGUCUGUGAUUAAGGAUACUGUGACACCCAUCAAUCUUUUUGGUUACGUGAUUGCUUUCAUGGGUGUUGCUUAUUACAAUCACGCAAAGUUGCAGGCUCUUAAAGCUAAGGAAUCAGAGAAGAAAGCAUCACAGCCUGAUGAUGAAUCUGGGAAGUUAUUGGAGGACAGAGAAACCGAAAAAUCAACCAGGAAAAAUGAGUCUGAUAAUUGA